CGCCCAUGACGCAGACCCUUGGGUCUCGGGUUCAAUACAAUCCAAGAUGGCGGGGUCUUCGACAGAGACGAGUUCUCAACUCGACCAAAUUUCCCUGCUUUACCCCAAGGUCGACGAGACGGAAACCCCACUACCGCGGUCUUGGAGUCCGAAAGACAAGUUCACCUUCAUCGGGUUGUCUCAAAAUAAUCUGAGAGUGCACUACAAAGGUGUUGGUAAGACCCAUAAGGAUGCUGCAUCUGUCCGGGCCACAUACCACAUCCCAGCUGCAUGCGGCUUGUACUACUUUGAAGUCAGGAUAGUCAGCAAGGGCCGAGAUGGCUAUAUGGGCGUUGGUCUCUCUGCACAAGGUGUCAACAUGAACCGAUUGCCAGGCUGGGAGAAGAACUCCUAUGGUUACCAUGGUGAUGAUGGACAUUCCUUCUGCUCAUCUGGGACGGGUAAACCAUAUGGUCCCACCUUUACAACAGGUGAUGUAAUAGGGUGUGGUCUUAACCUCAUCGAUAACACCUGUUUCUACACCAAGAAUGGCGUCAAUCUAGGAAUAGCAUUUAGGGAUUUACCUCCAAACCUGUACCCAACAGUAGGGCUUCAAACACCUGGUGAGGUGGUGGAUGCUAACUUCGGACAGCUUCCUUUUGUCUAUAAUAUAGAAGAAGAGAUGAAGGAAAUCAGCAUGUUCACUCGUAACACAAUAGAGAAAUACCCAGUGUGUGACAAAGAAGGCAUCUGGCAAACCACUUUACAGAAGAUUGUCUCAACUUAUCUAGUCCAUCAUGGCUACUGCGCAACUGCAGAAGCAUUUGACAAAAGCACCGGGCAGUCAUGCCCAGAGGAUCUUGCUUCUAUCAAAAACAGACAAAGAAUACAGAAAUUGGUGUUGGCUGGUAGAAUAGGGGAAGCAAUAGACAUGACGCAGACAUUGUACCCUGGACUUUUAGAAAGAAACCCCAACUUACUGUUCCUACUCAAAUGUCGUAAAUUUGUGGAAAUGGUUGGUGGACAUGAUAGUGAGGUACGCCCAUCUGCGCACAGCCCUCGGGCCAGCCCCAACGUGAGCCCCACCCAUUCCUAUGGGGCGGGGUCUGUUAGUAGUGUUGGGAUGUCGUCUAAUGGGAUGGUCAGUAAUGGAGUAGAUAAUGGUGUUGCUGAAGAUGAGGAUGCACCAAUGGAAAUGGAGGACGGGGACGAGUCAACCAGUAGUAGUAGUGUCAUAAAUGGCGAUGCGCCUACAGAUGAGGUCACCUUAAGUCCAAGGAGGAACUCUCCCGAUACCUGCUCCCCACGACAGCAUUGUUGUGGAAAUCGUGCGACACUAGAAAAGAUCUUGACAUUCGGUCGCUACCUGCAGACCAUGAGCCUUCAAUUAAAACAGGAACAUGGCCGGAAUGAGGCUAACAAGAAAGCCCUAGAGGAGGCGUUUAGCCUGCUGGCAUAUAGCGAUCCAUGGUCUAGUCCAGUGGGGUAUCUUCUUGACCCUGUCCAAAGGGAACACAUCUGUGCCUCAUUAAACAGUGCUAUUCUCGAGUCGCACCACAUGCCUCGGCAGCCCCCGCUGGACCUUGUCCUUGGGCAGGCGCAAGAGUGCCUCAAACUCAUGUCUAAGAUCGGUCUUGGAGCGUGCGCCUUUGCCACAGUCGAAGAGUUUCUCCAAUGAUUUUUAUUUGUGAAUAGCUCUCGUUGUCUUUUCAAGUCUCUACUCGCUUCUCCUCACAUGUAGGACAUGACACUUCUCACGCUAAUGCGCUGCCAUACUUCGAGCAAGAUACGGUCUCUUGCGACCGCUGUACAUAAAGGGAUCGGGGUGGGUGAGUAGGUGUAAAUUCUUAUACAUACUAGAGGUAGUUAGGUACAUUUCAUGCGGAUUCGUUAGACAAGAAAAGCACGCGUCUUUUGCAAUGAAAUGAAAGCCAUCCGUGGUAGACAGAGUAACAAAGGGAAUAAUUUCGUAAGUUAGGGAGAGGGGGAAAUAGCGAAAGUAAUGGGAAGGAGGGGGCAUCCUGCUGGCAGACCUUUUCUUAUAUUAUUGUAAGUUCCCUCUGGCAAAAUCCCCUGGGCACCAGUAGGUUUUCGCCCCCAACGCUUUAUCCUUUCGCCAUUUUUUUUUCCUGCGCUUUCGGGUUUUUGGUGCUAGAGCCUUUGGAGCACAGAGUACGACCUAACGAACCCGUAAAAAAGCAUUGACAAGGAUUGUACUAUUAAGAUGAACGCUUUAAUUUCUUAAUAGAGAGGGAGAGAAAAGUCUGCUAGCAGGGUAAACAAAAAAUUAUGUCUCAGAAUGUCGAAAACCCGAAGCAAUUAGUCCUUCCAACACCACGGAGCAUGGUAUAAUACUGCAUAAGGUACAAGAAGAAAUGCUAAAAGCUUCCAACAAUGCUGGCCCUACUUAUAGUGCCACGUGCGCUACCUCCAAGACAAAGAAGUUUAGCUAGUUAGUAUGCGAGGCUAGUUAGUAUGCGAGGAUCACCGUUUUGACUUACAUAAACUUUAGGACAACUAGGAGAGUUCUGUAGUUUCAAGAUGUUCACUAAAAUGUUUCUUUGCCGUGUUUGUUGGUUAGGAAAGUUUAUUUCAGUCAGAUGGUACAUUUCUCGCAUUCUUUUGGGCUUCACAAAAAACUCAAUACGCCAAGGUAGCGUGCGUCGUUCUGUAAUACGUGGCUUGUAGCUUGUUGUGCCGCAAUUGACAGCUGGGCCAGGUUUCGACUUUGAAAUACACCAACUGGGUGUAGGUGUAGAAUAAGUAACCAGACUAGAUGGUGAGAUCAUCCAUUUAUACAAGACAUAUACGCAUACUUACAGAAUUUCGCGUAAAGUUCAUCUCAUAGAGCAAGGUUCGUCAUUUGCCACCUGGUGAGAAAGGGGUACUUUUCUACUUCAAAUCUAUUCGUUAUUUUUUUUCCGCAUAUGAACUUUUAUUCUCUUUGUUUUUUGCACAGUCAAGCCCCUAUCAUCCCCAAAUAGGCAAAUCCGAAAGGACAAAGCAAAGAAAGCGAGCCUUUGGUUUAACUUACUGGGGUUUUUCACCUUGAGGUUUAUUAUUGCACGUUUUAGAAUCAUAUACCGAAAUGAUAUUGAAACUAAAGAUUCUUGUUAAAA